AAUACGAGGAACGCCUAGAUGUUUCGUUCCGGUCUUCACCUCACAUUGUGCAUUCUUUCGUGCAGUUCGUCACAGUUUUGUCGACUGAAAAUCAUCUCUGUUAGGGUGCUUUUAAAAUGCAAAGCUMUUAAUUGAGCUCCUAUAGUUUAAUGCCGCCUUAAAAAGAAGUUUCUUGUGYUAGAAAAGACUCAGGAGAUACGAAAAUUUGCGGAYGAGGGAUGGCUUCAAAUCAAAACAACGUCACUCCGUCGUUUAUAAAAUCCGUAUUCCCUAAGUACUCUGAUGCUAGUCGUUGUUCAGAAGAUGUUUGUUCAGCAYUAGAAAAGUUUUCAAACCUGAAGCUUUUCCAAAGAGAAUGUGUUGUUGAUGGACAUUUAUAUGACAUGAUAAAUCUUGAAGGGACAUUACCAAUAAGUUAUAAAGGGAACACGUACAAUAUCCCCCUGCGAGUCAUGUUACCAGAAGACUAUCCCAAUAGUGCACCAAUCAUUUAUAUCCAGCCCACAGAAGAAAUGAGGAUUUCAAGAGAUGCUUCAUAUUUAAAUGACCGUGGAAAGGUGUCAAAUGAGUAUCUUACUGAAUGGAAAUCACAGAUUCAUCCAAAUAUUUCAAAAAUCCUACAUCGGCUUAUUAUAUUAUUUGAAGAUAAGCCUCCUCUUUGGACUAAGAAAACUGGAAAUAUAGUCAAAGCUUAUGAAGAAAGAGCAAAAAGGAAUUCAUUUCCUCCAAGGACAAGACAGCGCUCAAGGCCAAUACCAUCGCCAAGAAGGACAGCUGAGACAGAAGAUAUCUAUGAGGACAUUGUUCCCAUAGCAGAACCCCCCUAUAAGCCAAGUCAAUCURCAGUGAAGUCAAAGAAAGAUUCUGAYGACUAUGAUCUYCCAGACAAUGGAAAGGGUGGUAUCCCUAAYUCAAGCAAUCCUAAAUCUCCUGUAGGAGAUGGUUUUGUYCCUCAUGACCCUAGYAAGGUAAACACACMUGGGAAAUUUUUUCCUUCACCGGAUCUUGAAAUGCAUACUGGUAAAGAUAGUCCUUUUGAGCAUGGUGAACAAUCAUCAGCGUCCAGACAUGUUGAGGAAAGACCUCAUAGCAGCAAUCAAGUGUCUGAGCCUAAUGUUUUGAAAACAUAUGUGCGCAGAAAGCUUAUUGGUAGUGGAGGCUUUGCCAAGGUUUACCUCUAUGAAAGUAAGUCAACUAAAGCCAAAGUGGCAUGUAAAAUYGUAGACCUUGGAUUAAACGAUGACAGUGUACAGAAGCAUGCCACAGCUUUGAAGCAUGAAAUUAGAUUACUUGGUACUCUMAAUCACCAUCAUUUUAUUGUAAACUACAUAGCAGUAGAGGAAUACAACAACCAACUAGCAAUGGUCAUGCAUUACUUCCCAAAGGGGUCACUAUAUCAAGUGCUACAGGCCAGUGAAGAAGGUCAUUUCAGUGAAGACAUGACAAGAGUGUACACAUGGCAAAUUUUACAAGGACUGAAAUUUCUACAUGAAAAUGGUGUUAUACACAGAGAUAUCAAAGCUAGAAAUAUUUUAGUUGAUGAACACAAAACAAUCAGAAUUGCGGACUUUGGAAUUUCAAAGAAACUUGAAAAUUUAGUAACUCAGACUUCAGGGAACACAGGCACUAUAGGUUCAAUAUACUGGCAGAGUCCCGAGUCUUUAUCUACUGAAACCAAAUGCGGCAGAAAGACUGAUGUAUGGAGUUUAGGGUGCACAGUUGUCGAGAUGCUGCUGGGAAAACCACCUCUUAGYUGUGACAACAUUCAACUGGUUCAAGCUAGUGUUAAAAUUCUUAACUAUGAAGUCUACCCUCCMCCUGAUUGCUCGGAUAUUGCCAAAGAAUUUCUUCAAAUGUGCUUCAGACCUGAGACUGAAAGACCGACUUCGCGUGAAAUAAUGGCUAAUACAGAAUUUCCGAAGUAUUCUCUAGAAUCGUAUUAAAUAGACACCUGGGCACUGCCGUGAUUUUUUUAUUUACAAAUGUCUUCAGCUUUUCAUUUUAUUUAGUGCUAACUUAUUCGAAAAUUUGCUAGCGUGUAUUGUAAGACUGUAGAGUGAACGCACUUAAUCCGUGCAACUGUACAAAAUCUAAGUAGUACUAAUUUGCACUAAAAGUGGACCUGUAGCAAGACGGUAUUGAAUGCUUCAUUGGUAUCAAUUCAAUUUAAUUUGCGUAUCGCAUGCACGAUUUACUACAUGCAACUAAAUAUCACUAUUUAGUUUGUACAGUUGAACGGAUUAAGCGCGAUCGCUCUACGAGAUGAAUGUAAAUAUGAAAGGUUUAAUAUACAAAAGAACUUGUCUUAUGCGAAUCAUAAAUGUUGCACUUCAGUUCGCAACAUCAAACCCUGUGGUGUAUAAGGCCUUUGUCAAGCUUUUUUUUUUGUCUUUUUUGUUAAUCAUAAAUACAUMAUUUCAUUAUUAGCAAAUGCGAAAUAAACAUUUAAGACUCCAUUCAAAAUGUGAGCCUACUAGAUGUGAAUGUUAGCUAUAAGUUACAUGCAAUCUACUGUUUGCUUGCCUAUUUUCAUUGCUUUAUUUAAUUCAAACCAUUAUUAUAUUAUAUCGAUAAAAGAAACAGAAUUGAAUUUGAAUGCAAUUGAGAAAUGCAAGAAUCUUAAUAUAAAUUCCAUUGAAUUGAGGAUUUAUUAAUAAUAUACGUUGUUUAUGGUCCUUAAGAAAAUCUCUAGUUAMAAAAUCGUGAAAAUGAAUUAAAUUAUUGAUUUUUAGUACUACUUAAUCUUUAUUUAYAGCUAAUAAUAGUUAAAGAGUAUUGAUUGCCUGUUGUAGAUGU